AUGCCCCGACCCGACGAUAGCGCCCGUCGCAGCUCCAUGACGGGCUCCAGCACCGACAGUGCGAUAUCGAGCAUCACCGCGAAGCCGCUGCCCUCGUUGCCGCCCGAGUCAAAUGCCGUACCCUCUGCGACAGCUGCUGCCAGUGUCGGCCUCGGCGUCAGCAGCAGUCACAGCAGCAGUAAUGCUCUUCAUCGCCUUGCCACGCACGGAUCGCGGCGAGGGGCCCCGUCGCGACUCAAGACUGAUGAAGACAGCGGGUAUCCUGGACGCAGGUCCGUUAAAGAAUCCGAAGGCCAGGUCUCUCCGACCUCGAACGGUUCGCGCCCAUUUGGGCUCCCAACCUCAUCAACGAACUCGUCGAUGCGUGAACAUAUCAUGAGCGAUCUCUUUGAACACCGUCGCGACCUAGCCAUACUCGAGGGCCCCUCCGCCAGCCGCGCGGCCAGGGGCCAACACACAAGCCCAUCCUCCGGCUCUCUCGCCCAGCAGAACGCACCGUCAGCGAUGUCAUCGUCGUCAUGGAUAGCCGGCGACGCCAACAGCUCCGCCCCCGGCCUCUCACCGAACGACCCCGUAACCACAACCUUCUACAAUGACUCGACCGAUAACCUCUCCCUGAGCUCGCAGGUGUCUCCAAACGUGCCCGCUACUUCAAGCAGCCGCCCGCCGCCGAGCUCGCGCACGCCAGCUACCUUUGUUGAUUCGCCUGAGUUUGCCUACCUCACAGACGAUCGACGUCCCUCGGUCGUCAGCAUAGCUACCACGGCCAGCAGCCAAGGCUCUCGAACAAGCGGCGCGCGGGGAGGACUCCGCAAAUUGCAGGGCUUCUUCGGCGAGGAAUUCCCCGGCCGAGACUCGUCCGAAUUCAGCCUGCCUUUUCCAACGGCUGGGAAAGAGCACCGUUCGCAUUCGUAUAGUUACAGCCGUCCCCACCGUGACCGAAACUAUUCCAACGCUACCGACCACGGCAGGGAUGCGUCCCCAUCUGGCUCUAGGCCCCGCACGCCGGUGCCCGCCCCCGAAGUUGUGCCUUUCCUCUACCAAGAAGUCGAGGAUAUUGCCAAGUAUGGCGAAGCACCCGUUCGCGAAGUCCUCACCGGUCCGGAUCGCGAACGCUUCAUAAGUGACAGCGGAUCACAGAAUCCGCCGAAAACAUCUGGCUCUGGACGCUCCGGCCACUCCAUCGUCCAUCUCGGCGGCCACAGCCAUCGACACAACAAGAGUAACGACGAUCCGCGAGCCCUCAGGCCCUCCAUCAGCAGGGAAGAUUCAAUAUCGAGUAUUCCGAAAGAGCGCAGCGGCUCGUCUAUCAUGCACGGAUCCCGAUCACGGGCGCAGAGCCCGGCUCCGAGCGCCAAUGGCAGCUACUGGGGCUCACGAAGCACCGGCGGCGACGGACAAACGUCACCCGGCCAUCAAUCUAAACGCAGCCGCUUUCUGCCUCGCUUCCGCAAACACCACAAAGAGAAGUACGAUCUUGCCGACCUUAAAAAGUUUUCAGCGUCCUCCAACUCUCUCGGGUCGCGUCCAUCUAGGCAAGACUCGGCCGCGGCGUCGAUUGAAGGGUCAGAGUGGCCGGUAUCUCCCGAUCCUCGUGAGUUCUUUGGGCCACGCCCUUCGUAUGGUCGCGGCGCAACAUUCAAUAAUAAGUUCCCCUUUUCGAAGAAGAGCCGCAGCUCGCGGCAGCAUGACGACGAUGAGAACAUCGGGCCCACCGAUAAACAGGAGGUCGGCACAGUGUUUCAUCUGGACACGAACCUCAACGAUAUGGAGGGCAUCGUUAGCCGGCCGCUGCCGCUCACACCUAUGGAUUCUGACUUGAUAAAUGACCUAGACUUUGACAAGCUACCUAUCAAGUCCGACCCGAGUGGCGCCUGGUUUGCCCCUGACAGUUGGGGCGUCCGCCCGCGCGAUAACUCCACGCAGGCCCCCGAAGUCGACGACAUCACCGUCCUACCCCGGCCCGAGGAGAAGCUGACCAACUACUGUAUCCGCGUGUUCAGGGCGGACGACACCUUUGUCACGCUCCAGAUGGCCCUCGAUGCGACCGUGCACGAUCUCAUUUCCACUAUCGUCAGGAAGACGUAUCGCAUCGAUGGCAUCGAGAACUACCACAUCGUAAUGAAGAGGCGCAAUCUCAUACGGGUGCUGAACAAUGCCGAGCGUCCGCUCUUGAUACAAAAGCGCCUGCUCCAGCAGGUCGGAUACGAAGAACGGGAUCGAAUAGAGGACAUCGGACGAGACGACAACAGCUACAUCUGUCGCUUCAUGUUCCUUUCCAUCCGGGAGAGCGACUUCCACUAUGGCACCUACGACGUCGGACUGAAUCGCAUGCAGCAGAAACUCAUCCAUGUCGACCUCUCUGGUCGCAAUCUCGUCACCAUCCCCGUCCCGCUCUACGGAAAGGCACCCGAUAUCAUUUCUCUCAACCUGUCGCGGAACCUUUCACUGGACGUCCCGCGUGAUUUCAUCCAGGCCUGCUCGGGCCUGAAGGACAUCAAGUACACCAACAACGAGGCUCGCAGGUUACCACCGAGCUUCAGCUGUGCGCAGAAACUGACGUAUCUCGAUGUGUCGAAUAACCGUCUCGACCAGCUGGACCACGCGGAACUGGGCGACCUCAGGGGCUUGCUCAAGCUUAACCUGGCAAACAAUCGCCUGAAGUCCCUUCCCACCUAUUUCGCCAAUUACACGCUGCUGCGGACGCUGACCGUUUCGUCCAAUUUCCUCGAGAAGUUCCCCAGUUUCCUUUGUGACCUGGAGAACCUGGUCGACCUUGACUUGAGUUUCAACCUCAUCAGCACGCUGCCAGACAAUAUUGGCAAUCUCAGGAGUCUGGAGAAGUUUGUCAUCACAAACAAUCGCUUGACCGGCUCCUUCCCAGAAUCCUUUAAAAACCUGGGGAGCCUGCGCGAAUUGAAUUUCAAAUAUAACGCUAUUACGAAUAUUGAUGUGGUCGCGCAGCUGCCCAAGCUCGAGAUUCUCACUGCCGACCACAACAGCAUCUCGCAAUUCGUCGGUACCUUCUCUCGACUCCGGAGCCUGAAGCUUAACUCCAAUCCCAUCACCAAGUUCGAACUCCGCGAGCCCGUUCCUACGCUAAAGGUCCUGAACCUAUCCAACUGCCAGCUGGCCAGCAUCGACGAGUCCUUCAACAACAUGCUGAACCUUGAGCGGCUGAUCCUCGAUCGCAAUUACUUCGUGUCGCUGCCCAAUCAGAUCGGUAAUCUUCGCAGGCUUGAUCACUUCAGCAUAGCGCACAACACCAUCGGCGAGCUGCCCCCCGAGAUCGGUUGCCUGACGGAGCUGCGUGUGCUGGAUGUCCAUGGCAACAACAUCCGCAAGCUGCCGACGGAGCUGUGGUGGGCCAACAAGUUGGAGACCCUCAAUGCAUCCUCGAACCUGCUCGAGAACUUCCCUAAGCCGGCGUCUCGUGCUCCUCAACCCCCGGGCGACCCCUCCAGCACGCCCAACUCGCUCUACAGCAAGAAGUCUGUCGCGGGCCGCGGGCUCUCGCCGAUGCCUAGCUCGGAGGAGCUUAGGGGGGGGGAUGCUUCGAGGAGGCCAAGUCAGGCUUCGAGCACGCUCCUCAGUGUCGGUCCCUCGCCGGUACCCGGAGCUGGUGACCGCAAGGGGUCGAUGGUGUCUCUGUAUGGCAAGGGCGGUCGCAAGACGUCGGUCGUGUCUCGCAGCACCCAGAGCAGCGUCUCUACGUCCAUGGGUGGUCCUAGCUACAGGAAGGAUUCCAACCUGUCGACGCUGAUUACGCAUACCUUUGCCGGGUCUCUCCGGUAUCUGUACCUCGCGGACAACCACAUUGAUGACGACGUCUUCGAGCAGCUCGUCCACCUCCAAGAGCUUCGCGUCCUCAAUCUCUCGUACAACUCGCUCACAGACAUGCCGCAGCGGUCGAUCAAGAGUUGGUCGCAGCUCACGGAGCUCUAUCUCUCAGGCAACGAUCUCACCACUUUGCCCGCCGACGACCUGGAGGAGUACUCCAUGCUGCAGACGCUGCACAUCAACGACAACAAGUUCACCAACCUGCCCGCCGACAUCCAGCGCGCCAAGAAGCUCGCGGUGCUCGACUGCGGCAGCAACUCGCUCAAGUACAACAUCGCCAACGUGCCCUACGACUGGAAUUGGAACCUCAACCCCAACCUGCGCUAUCUCAACCUUUCGGGCAACCGCCGCCUGGAGAUCAAGCCGACGUAUCCGAGCGGCGCCUCGCAGGGUCGCGAGAAGUAUGAGGAUUUCAACCGCCUGGUCCACCUACGCGUCCUGGGUCUAAUGGACGUCACCGUGCUCGAUCCAAGUGUGCCUGACGAAAACGAGGACCGCCGCAUCAGGACGUCGGAUUCCAUGGCGGGAUAUCUGCCGUACGGCAUGGCGGAUACACUGGGGAAGAACAAGCAUUUGUCGACUGUGGACUUGGUCGUGCCGAGGUUCAAUUCAAACGAUGCUGAGCUGCUCAUGGCCUUGUUUGAUGGGCAGGCGCUGAGCAGUGGGGGGUCGAAGAUCGCGAAGUUCUUGCACGAGAACUUUGGCAGGAUCUUUAGUCGCGAGCUGAGGGACCUGAGAGCCGCGCAGGGCGAGACGCCGGAGGAUGCGCUCAGGCGUGCGUUCCUGGCGCUGAAUAAGGAGUUGAUUAAUGCGGCUACCUCUACGCAGAAUCGCUCGUCGUACUCGGUUGUGCUCAGCAAGGAGGAUCUCAACUCGGGUAGCGUGGCGACGGUGGUCUAUCUCAACGAGCAGGAGCUGUACGUCGCCAAUGUCGGCGACGUCCAGGCCAUGCUCAUCCACACCGACAGCCAGUUCAAGAUGCUCACCAAGAAGCACGACCCGGCCGAUCCCCACGAGCGCUCGCGCAUCCGCGAUGCCGGCGGUUGGGUCUCGCGCAACGGACGGCUGAACGAUACCCUCGAAGUCUCCCGCGCUUUUGGCUACUCGGAGAUGAUGCCGGCCGUGCAAGCCGCGCCGCACGUCAAGCAUCACAGCAUCACCGAGCAGGACGAGGCCAUCCUCGUCGCGACCCGCGAAGUCUGGGAGUAUUUGACUCCGGAACUCGUCGUCGACGUCUACCGCUCCGUGCGCGGUGACCUAAUGCGCGCUUCGCAAAAGAUCCGCGACCUGGCCAUGGCCUACGGCGCCACCAACAAGAUCAUGGUGAUGAUGCUCAGCGUGGCCGAUCUUAAGCGGCGCCGCGAGCGCUCGCGCAUGCAUCGUGGGCAGAGCAUGUCGUGGUUCAACUUCCCGCCUGAUGAUAGCAUGGCGCUGUCGACACGCAGGGGCAAGAAGGCGAAGGUGGAUGGUCCGCUGGAUUCCACGCUGCAGAGGCUGGAUGCAGAGGUGCCUGCCCCGACCGGUAUGAUUGCCAUCGUGUUUACGGAUAUCAAGAAUUCGACCCAGUUAUGGGAGAUGUAUCCUGAGGCGAUGCGGUCGGCGAUUAAGUUGCAUAACGAUACGAUGAGGAGGCAGUUGAGGAGGAUUGGUGGAUUUGAGGUCAAGACGGAAGGUGAUGCGUUUAUGGUUUCGUUCCAGACCGCCACGGCCGCACUGCUGUGGUGUUUUGCUGUGCAGAUCCACCUGCUGAGCCUCAACUGGCCGGCGGAGAUGCUCAACUCAGUCAUUUGCGCGCCCAUAUUCGAUCGCAACAACAACCUUAUCUUCCGCGGCCUUUCGGUGCGCAUGGGCAUCCACUGGGGCGAGCCCCUCGCCGAGCCUGACCCGGUUACCCGCCGCAUGGAUUACUUCGGUCCUAUGGUCAACAAGGCGAGCCGUAUCUCGGCAUGCGCGGAUGGUGGUCAGAUUACCGUCUCCUCCGACUUCAUCAUGGAAAUCCAACGCUGCCUCGAGACCUACCAAGAGGGCAUGGAGAUCGACGACGAGAACGACCCCUUCGCCAAGUCCAUCCGCCAGAACCUGCGUGAGCUGAGCAGCCAGGGCUUUGAGGUCAAAGAUAUGGGCGAGAUGAAGCUGAAGGGUCUCGAAAACCCCGAGUACAUCUACUCGCUGUAUCCGCACGCGCUGGCUGGCCGCAUCGACAUGCAUAACCUCAACCAGAAGCAGCGCCAGGAGGCGGAGCAGAAGCCGGCUAGGUUGAGCCCGGAUAGCCAGCUGUCGUUUGAUCCGGAAAAUGUGUGGGGGUUAUGGCGGAUUGCACUCAGGCUAGAGAUGCUGUGCAGUUCGCUGGAGGAUAUGAGUGGAAGGGGCUUGCAGCCGCCGGAGACGGAGUUGAUGGAGCGAAUGAGGCAGCGCGGUGGGGAGGUCACGGAGAGGUUUUUGUUGAACUUUUUGGAGCAUCAGGUUAGCCGGAUCGAGACCUGCGUCGCAACCCUCGCCAUCCGCCACAUCAUCCUCUCCAGCGACCGCCUGCGCCAGCUCAACGACCUGCGCGCCCCCAUGGCCUCUGUCCUCGACACUUUGCAGGCCAAGCUGGCCCUUCUCGAACGCUACGAGGCCCGCUACGGACCCCUGCCGCCCGACGAUGCCGCCAACGAUCAAUAUAUGACGUCUGAUUCUCCUUUGCCAUCCCCCGGCCCCCCUCAGCUGCCGCCUUUGCCACUGGCCAGUCCGAGGUUUACCGAGUUCGAGAGUGUGUUAAAUGGAAAUGGCGGUGUUGUUAGUGAGGAGAAAUGA